UAUCUCUCUAAGGGUCGUCUAAGUUAUAAAAAUUGACAUUUCAUGUCAUGUAUUCAAACAUCUCAGGCUUUUAUCUUCUUCUUCUUCUUUGAUUAUCAGAUAAGAAGAAAAAACCUAUUAAAUGCCUUGAAUAGCUACUUAAUAUUUACAUGGCACCACCACUGGUUUCUCUCAGGGUAGUACUCCUUUAUCUUAGAGUUUUGACUGUGGCUUUCCUCGUUAUAACUGUCAUCAUCCUCAGCACCAACAGCGUCACCAUUGUAUCUCAAGGAAACUCAAUGAAAUUUCAUUUCAAAGAUGUUUAUGCCUAUAGAUACAUGUUUUCAGCCGCCAUCAUCGGAUUGUUUUACGCUGUCAUACAACUAUUCUUCACAAUCUCUGAACUUGCCACCAGAACGAAAAACCCUUUCAAUUAUCAACUGGAUUUUUAUGGUGACAAGAUAAUAUCAUAUCUAGUGGCAACUGGUUCGGCUGCGGGAUUUGGAGUGACCAAAGAUUUAAAAGAUACAUUUCUAGCAUUAGUCGUAUUAGAUUCGACUGAUCCCGUAGAUAAGCUCUUCAGUAGAGGAUACGCAUCGGCUAAAAAUAAGAAACUAUCAAAACACCAAAGCCCAUAACCAUGGAUUUGAGAUUUGGUGGGAUAGCAGUUGGGUUACCAAGAUCAGCACCCUUACUAAGCCCAUAUUAUAACUCUCACCUUUUAGCAAAGGUCCGUACGAACGGAGAGUUGGAAGACCCAAUGGAUUCUACAUACGAAUAUCUGCGGGUUGGGAGGCACAAAGAGUGGACUUGUGAACGGUUGGUC